CGAGGAUAGACUUCAGCAGCAUCGCGGUUCCUGGGACGUCCUCGCAGCAGCACCAGCCACCGGCGCAGCGUCUUCGCCCGUCGCCCCCCGAUGCGCCUUCGUUCCCUCAGGGUUUGGACAAUCCGGCGCUGCUGCGGGAGAUGCUGCUGGCCAACCCCCACGAGCUCUCCCUGCUGAAGGAGCGCAACCCGCCCUUGGCGGAGGCUUUGCUCAGCGGAGACCUGGAGAAAUUCACCAGAGUGUUGCUGGAGCAACAGCAGGACCGAGCCCGGCGGGAGCAGGAGAGAAUCCGACUCUAUUCAGCUGACCCUUUUGAUCUGGAGGCACAAGCCAAGAUAGAAGAAGACAUAAGGCAACAAAACAUCGAAGAAAACAUGACGAUAGCGAUGGAAGAGGCCCCCGAGAGUUUUGGGCAGGUGGUGAUGCUGUACAUUAACUGCAAAGUCAACGGACACCCAGUGAAAGCCUUUGUUGACUCAGGUGCCCAGAUGACCAUCAUGAGCCAAGCUUGUGCUGAAAGGUGCAACAUCAUGCGGCUGGUAGAUCGGCGGUGGGCCGGCAUCGCUAAAGGUGUGGGGACACAGAAAAUAAUUGGGAGAGUGCACUUAGCUCAGGUCCAGAUUGAAGGGGAUUUCCUGGCGUGUUCCUUCUCAAUCCUCGAAGAGCAGCCCAUGGACAUGCUUCUGGGACUGGAUAUGCUUAAGAGGCAUCAGUGCUCGAUCGAUCUCAAGAAGAAUGUCCUGGUGAUUGGCACGACUGGCUCCCAGACCACCUUCCUGCCGGAGGGCGAGCUGCCCGAGUGUGCCCGGCUGGCGUACGGGGCCGGGCGGGACGACGUGCGGCCGGAGGAGAUCGCAGACCAGGAAUUAGCAGAAGCAAUACAGAAAUCCGUAGAGGAAGCAGAGAAUAGUGACAAAGAAACUACCUCACUGGAAAUGCCCUCAUUACCAGCUUCUGAUGGGUUUCAAAAUCCAGUCCAGUCUUCAGGACUAAAUUCCAAGAUCUGUAAUCCCACCAAUCAAUUACUUGAUCGUUCUGUCUCUGCCCCUGCUUCAAUUUGCUCACCCGAAUCUAGCCUCGCAGAGCCCAUUGAUCCCAGAGCCGGCAAGUCUUUUGAGUCUCCAUCUGAAUGCCAGAUAACCCCAGAAACAGAACAUCCUCUCUUGUCACAGCAUCUUUCCGAUAACGCUUCCUUGGCAAAUGCCGACCCUUCUCCCCAGCCGGGGGAGGCAACCUGUUGCAAUCCAGCUUGCCUUUCACAGAAGACACUCAAAGAAACUUUUAUUGCUGACAGUCUAAAGGAAUGUAACGCUGAAGAACAAGACUGUGGUCAGGAACAUCCUUUGGAAGUGACAAAAGAAAAUAGUUUGGCUGAUGCUGCGACUAAGCACAGGGAAAAUACAGAUACACGUCUGUCUUCAGAACAGGAGCAAAAGCAUGAGCUUUCCAUAGACCAUCAGACAUGCAAAGAACCAGAGAAGGAACAUCUAGAGAAACAAACUGAGACAACUGACCCAGAACCUCCUGGCCAUGUUGGUGAGGUUGAAGAACUUGUUGUGGAAGAAGCCAGCCAUCAAGCAGGUCCUCCUGCGGAAACGAGAGGAGAUGGACAGGAGAAAGCAGGUCUUCCCUGCGCGAAAGGGAGUAUCCAGCUGUCAGCCUCCUGUAGCUGUGUGCACAUGGAAGCCCUCAUGGAAGUAGAUGUGGUUGAGCAGCCUGUAGCUGAAGUGUACAGCUCGGCAAAGGAGCGGGAGCGACAGGCUGAGACCAGGAGUCUGUCUGACCUGAAUUUGGACACCUUUUCUAUGGAGGUGGAGUUGCUGAAGUCUGCGUCCUCCUCAAAUGAUCUGCUUUCCACUGCUGAUGUCCCGCAGUCCAAAAGCACUAGUGAAAUUCCAGCAAAGUAUCAUGAGUUGUCUGAUUUGGCGGCUGAAGACAGCUCUUCCCCCUCCAGCAUCCCUCAGCUGGACACGGAUCCAGGAAGACCUUCAGAAGAGCCAUGUUUCUCUCUAGCAUCAGCCUUGAAGGAGCUGCACAAACUCUUGAUUAUCAGUCGGAAAGGAGAAUGUAAAAUCCUCGCCUCGGAAGAAGUCUCUCAGCUGGAGAUGGCUCCCAGAGAGCCAGCAGCACAGCAGAAGGGGCUUUCUGAAGAGGAGCAGAAAGGCUCAGAUCCCGCCAGCCAGGAACAGAGUUGUUCCUUCUGUGAGGUGAGGUCUGAAGGUGGAAGAGCAGAGGGGAAACAGCCUCGAGAUGCUGACACAGAAAACAGCAGCCACGUGCAGUCUGCUCUUGGGGAAGGUGCUUUAGAGGGGCAGGAGUUUUCAGGUGAGAGCGAUUUGGCCGUGGUGAAUUCUGCAGCACCAUCUGACUGGCAACAGAGCUCUGAGCAGGCGGAGGUUUUGGCAGAAGGUUAUCAGAGCCCAACUUUGGAGCAAAACGCAUCCGUUCCCUCUACCCCUGCUUUGGAUGAAGGUGCACCUCAGGAUUCUUGGAGCCCGUUCGCAGAAGCACCUGGGAGCAGCAGCAGUUCUGCUCCUGAAGGUCCGUGGCCGCUGGGUGGGUGUGAGGACCCCCUGCUGAGCCCACCCCCUGGCUGUACUGGCCGUAGCUCGGGUGCUUCUCCACCACCCACUUUCCCCGCAGCGGAUGUCAAUCGCAUCCUGGGCGCUGGUUUUACCACACGGGAAGCUCUCGAGGCUUUGGAACGAGCGGGUGGAAACGCAGACCUUGCUCUUCUCAUUCUGCUGGCCAAGAGUAUCGUCGUUCCUACGUAACUGCAGAAGAGAAUAAGCUCCAAUGUGACGAAUAAAAAGCAGAAGCCAUUAAGAUCACCGCCCUGUCCAGCGCAAAGCAGAGUGUGAAGUGAACAGGCCGUGCCUGGGUGUGCAAGGGCCAAGGAGGUGCACGAGUCUGGUACAAACCACUUGUCCAAACGGACUCUGGGGAUUUAUUUUAGCUCUCUCCUGUGCUUUGUAACCCGGCGUGAUGCUGGUGAAACCCUUAUGGCAGCUACUCAAGGUAUGUAGGUGCCCACAGACGUGUAACACUUUGCUGGAGGAGGGGGGGAGGGGGCUUUGGGAAGCGUGCGGUUUCGUGUGUGCACAGGGAAGGCCGAUGCCUGUUUUUGCCAAACCCUUUUACGCUCUUGGGCCAGUGUGUUCAAGUUUACAACAUGGGGAUAGAAGAAGGGAAGGGAUAGAAUUUGGUGCUACCAAAACUCAAAAGGACGUUUUAACUUAUUUGAAGAUGUGCUGGUAUUAAUUGUAAGGGGGCGGGAGGGGAAAAGGAGUAUUUUACCAAUUUUUUUUCUAGCCUUGCCCACACCCUGUUCCCCCGUACGAAAGAAGGAGCUCAACCACUUGAAGGCAAAACCUUAACGAUGAAAUUGUUUAACAAACCAACUGAGUGUUACAGCUCUUAACCCCCCCGCUCUGCCCCCAGAAGAACGAACUGUUUGAGCGGCCGCGUUCUCUGUGCACCGAGCGGGGACGUGAGCAGAAGAAUGAAGAAAUCUGCUCUGUGCCCAUUUCAUCUCAAGGUUUGGGGAUGACCGGCCGCCCAGCAGUGGAAACGCAAACUGCAGGAAGCCUCUAGCAGCUGGUGGGGUACUAAUUUAAUACCUCUUAACGAGUGAGGGCUCCCCAAUAGGGUUUCUGAAACAAAUGCACUGACGUGGCUUCUGCGUUAACAACCGUCGUGGCCUUCUGGGAAGUCCUUGGUGAGGAGCCUGGUGAGGACUCACCCAGGCUGUGCUGUAGGAAGCCCUUUCCAGAUGCUUUUUUUUGGGGGGGGGGAGAUGAACUACUUUUUGAUGUUCUGCAGAGCCCCCAAAGGCUGUUGGGGAAAGGGGAAGGAAAGCGUGGCUGAAACACGAUACCAAAUUUUAAGUAGGAACCUUGACGUAGUCCCACAUGCAAAUCUUAGUGUCAAGUGUUCAUCUUGAACUUUCUGCUUUGAGCUAAACCUGAAGCGAUGGCUCAGCAGUGGCUGGAAACACGUUUUGUUUGUGGCUUUCGUUUGUUGUUAUCAUUGUCUCAGGCCUGUGUUUCUGGUGUUUUGUUUUCCCUGUGGCUUAGCAGAUUGGCCCGCGUGUUCGCUAGGCUAGUUUUUCAUGCAGGGCGGCGUUUAAAAACAACACGAAUUUGGUUUCCUCUGAAUUUGCAGGAGUUUCUGAUGUCAGUGAGUGAUGGGUGUCAGAUUGUCCUUAGACGCUUGGGUAGCCAGGAGAUCCUUUAAAGUAACGAAGAGCUUUAAGGUGUUCCUCUGUCUGUUGAACAGAGCUUCUGCACAAGCUGUGAAGGUACCAGCAAGGCCUGGGGCUCCCGGACACAUUUAACUCAUAUCCCACCACUCGUGAUGCCAGCAGCACCGUGUGGAUGUAGGAACUCAGCUAUUUGGGGAGCCCUUGUUGGAGCAGCAUCGAUUAAUUCACUGGAGGGCUCUGUUCACAUUGAGUUACUGAGGCAGAACUGCAGCUUUAGGGUCUUUGAGAGUUAAUCCUGUUGAAGUUGUUUGCUUUUUGUUAAUAUUCUCCUUGCAAUGAGCACCUCAAAUCAGCAGAAGCCCCCUCUGUGAAGGGUAACACUUGGGCUGGUACAGGAGGUUGGUGUCAUCAGAUGUCUCUCUAGAAGCCUUAGGAAAUAAGAUCUAUUAGACCCGUUUCCCAUCUGCAUCCGAUUCCCUGUCAAAAGCAGCAACGAGAACAAAGCUCCCAGCUCCUGCAUCCAGAGCAUCCUCGGUCUCAACAGCCCAAUCUGUUCCCAAUUCAGGCACCGGGGUCUCAGUGAGGGGGUCCUGGGAGCAACCCCCACCUGGUACGUGGAUCCCAGCUGCGGGCUGGCCCUCUGGGGUGCAAGGGAGCUGAAUUCGUGCCCUUCACCUGCAGGUUCAUCCUCUGCCAGCUUCUUGAAGCAUCAGAUGUUAGCCAUCCAAUGUUAUACCCUUCCCAUAUUUACACUUUAUGUUUUUAGAAGCAAUUGCUAAGAGCUAGACGAAGUACUGCUGCUUUGCACCAAACUGGGCAAAGGCUCCUAGUUUUACGGCCACGUUUACUUAGACUGCAUAUACAGAAUUUAUGCUAUAAAAGCUUUAGAGCAUCAGCCAACUUUGCUUCAAUGCUCAGUUUUAUUCUUUGUCAAAUAGAAUUUUUGAAAUCUGCCUUCUGCCAAAGCUGUACUGAAGCAUUUAUCAAUAGUGCUAGAAUUUCCUGGGUAACUUUCUCUGAACUGCUAGAAACAAAGCCCAACCCCCAAUGAUAAAUCCUUUUAAAACUAUUUUAUCAAGUUGGUCCAAGCCUGGUGAUUUAAAUCUCUUGGUUUCAGAGCCUUGCUUUGAGUGAACGGCUCAAUUAGAGAAUCAUUUUUUUAGGAGCAAGAUUUAUGUUGGAGAAAAUCUGGGCAGUGGUGAGUAUUUGAGGUUAAAAUAAAAUGUAAUGGAACAUGUAUUUAGCAAAUGCUGUCUAAAAGUUGUCUUCUGUUUUCAUGUGCGUGUGUGUCCUCUCUGCUGUGUGCACACAUCCUUCGCUCAGCCUUUAGCAAGCCCUUAAUGAGUCUCUGCUUACCUGGCUCAUAAAGCAGGAAUACUUCUAUUUUAGCAGGGAUUUUAGCAGGACAGACUGCUUUUGGCUAGAGAGGGGGGUAAAGGUAAUGCCAAAAGCUGUUCAGGUUUCCAAGGAGCCAUGUACCCCAGCCAAAAAUAAGGCUUUUGACUCUUUUCUCUCCCCCUCCUUGUUAAUUACUGCCCCAAAGUACUAAUGUCACACCAGCUCAGCAAAACGAUUUCAGUAUGAAAAGUCCAUCUGUAGAACACAAAGAAACACUCAGAAGCUGCUUCAUAAAGAUGCCAGUGGCAGUGGGGACCUGGGUGGGUCUGUAGAGCUCGUUUCUGGGUGUUUCCCGAAGCCCCUGUGGUCAUGAACCUCACUGUUGGUGUCUGA